AUGAGCGAGUUCGAGAUUGUCGUCAACCCAUCGCAAGAGGUCUUCGAGCAAAUCGUGCAUCACACGGGCGAGACGGAGGAUUGGGGCUUUCAGACCGCCGACUACCAAUAUUGGUCGACGGCGUUCGACCAAUUCUGGUUGUUCGUUGUUGUCGAAAAAGGUACAACCAAUUUGGUGGCGUCAGUUUCGUUAGCGCGAUGGGAGCACGACAGCGAAUCGCUUUAUUCCAUCGGAAUGUAUUAUUGUGUGCCGAAAUAUCGCGGAACUGGACAAGGGCGAAUCAUUUUUAAUCGUGUGAUGGAUAUUGUCGGAGACAAAAAUGCCUGUCUUACCGGAGUUGUCAAAAUGUCGGAGAAGUAUGCGAGCGUGCACGGCUUCGACAAAAUCGCACCAUUCUGGCAUCUAUUCGGCGCUAUCAAAAUGGCGGAUUUGGUGAUUCCAGAGGAUAUCCCGCAAGGUUUCACGAUCAAGAAUUGGGAUCAGGUGGACUUCGAGGAGAUCAUGAAGUAUGACCGAACGAUUUGCACGAGACAUCGCGAUCGCAUAAUGAAGAAUUGGUUCAAUUUGACGGACACCUUCACAAAAAUAAUUUUCAACGCUGAAAAUGAGAUUUGCGGAUAUGCCACUAUUCGAAUUGUCAGUAAAAAUAAGCUCUCACCAGCUCCAUUCUACGCGGACUCGGAAGAAGCCGCUGAAGCCCUCUUCGCGUCGCUUCUCAAUGACAUUCCAAAUUUGCGAAACUACAAUGCCAUCGGAUUUUUGUACCCGGAAACCAAUGAGAAUUGCAAGAAACUCUGCGAGCGCUUCUCCGCCCCAGGAACCUUCAAACCUGCAAGAUUCCUUAGGGUCCAAUUCACUAAGAAGUUCAUCGCGUUCCCUGAACAGAAGGUCUACUCAAUGUCGGAUUGCGCUCAACAAUUUGUUUAA